AUGUAUGAUCAUCCCAACUACAUGGGAAAUCAGUAUUUCUUUAGGAGAGGAGAAUAUGCUGAUUACAUGUCUAUGUUUGGAAUGAACAACUGCAUCAGGUCCUGCCGUAUGAUCCCCAUGCACAGGGGAUCCUACAGAAUGAGGAUCUACGAGAGGGAGAACUUCAUGGGUCAGAUGUACGAGAUGAUGGAUGAUUGUGACAGCAUCAUGGACCGUUAUCGCAUGUCUCAAUGCCAGUCCUGUCAUGUGAUGGACGGCCACUGGCUCUUCUACGAGCAGCCCCACUACAGAGGCAGGAUGUGGUACUUCAGGCCUGGAGAGUACAGGAGCUUCAGCAAUAUGGGUGGCAUGAGAUUCAUGAGCAUGAGGCGUAUCAUGGACUCUUGGUACUAGAGUUCUAGUAUUUAUUUGUAGCAUUUCUUAAA